UGAGAGGUGGUCCAUUGAGGGGCGCUCACGCUCAUUACCGCUUCGCCGGCCGGUCCUGUGCACACGCAUAACGCGUUGCUCACUAGUAGCGGACUUCACCGACGCACUACUGCCUACGAUUUGUUGCCUCUUGUCUCUCAUUACAACAUGGAGAGCUUUUUGAAAAGAUGCAUCUGGCUCGUUGUUGCGGUGAUUUUGGCUGCUGGCAAUAUAAGUUGUGGUGUUGGAAGCAAAAGGCCUUUUACGCCUACUGAUUCAAUUUUGGAUAUUAUCGAUACAGAACAAGUACAAAGGCUAAUUGCGUCUCGACAACGCGCCGAGGAAGCGACGGCUCCUUCAACUUUUGUUCAAAGAAACGAACUUGGUGAAGGCAGCUCUGAGACAAUGGUUGUUUCUGUCCCUGACCAAGAGGAAUCAACAGAGGUACCAAAAGGAGCUGCAUUUCGAAAUAUACUCCGGUCUUCGAAAAACGCAUUACUCGUAACGAAAAAAGAAUAUCUUAAAGAAGAUUGGUGUAAAACCGAGCAGUUAAUUCAAAAAAUUCGGGAGCCAGGAUGUUUACAGGCGACAGUGAUUAAUAAUUUUUGUUACGGGCAAUGUAAUUCGUUUUAUAUUCCAAAAGGGCCACGGCGUCGCGAAGGAAACGACGAACGACCUCCACCUGCGUUUAAAUCUUGUUCAUUUUGCAAACCAAAAAAGUUUACCUGGAUUACUGUUACGCUUCGCUGCCCUGGACAAAAUCCUCCAUUUAGACGCAAGCGCUUACAAAAAAUCAAACAGUGCAAGUGUCUUCCAGUGGGUGUAAACUGAUACGGGUUCGACGACAGACCCUCCGUACAGAGGCGGAUAAUCCGUCUGGAUCUAUUGGUGAUUCGGAUCCGAGGUUUGUGCCUAGUGCAUAUGUAACGAAGAGAUCGGAAAAGCAAAAACAUGGUGUGGUUAGGGCGCUGUAAUGAUAUUGUAUCCUUGUGUUCUGAUUAUGAAUUCAUUAUUACUCGCAUGAUAGUGCAAGCACGAAGCGGACUGUUAAACAUAUUCAGAUCGCGUGCUCUCAUACGUCAAUAGAAAUGACGUAAUGUGAUGCAGAAUGUUCGUUAUAACUUUGUAAUAGAGCGGCAUUAGCUGCAAGUGAAGUUGGAGCUUUAAUUGACUGUAGUGACACUGAUUAAUUCAUAUAAAAUUGGUGACUGGUGACAUUGAGGUCAUUUCAAAAUUAAUUUGAGGGGAACGGUGGAAAAAUCUGUGUUACUUUCGUAAUUAAAUGCGUAGUUCAACUAAACCUACACGUUAUGUUACUCCAGAGAGUAAAUGUGAUAUUAGACGUAGAUGUAUUUGUGCUAUUGAACUCUACUCAGCAGGAUUACUUUAUUUAUUUUAAGUAUCUAAUAUCAUAAAAAUACGCUUAUUAAAAUGUAUAGUUUGCAAAAAGCGAACAUUCAACUUUGUAAAUGUAACGUUCAUACAAAUAAAUGUAUAAAAAUAUUAAUUGAAUGAUCUCUGUUUGCUCUCCAGGCAUAUUUGCAUUUGUUUAUUUAAUAAUAAUUUAUAUAUUGUUCUCUUUCGAGAUGUUUGAUGAGUGUAUCUUGAUAAAGAUAUCACUAAGUAAACCUUUACCCAUUUAUUUUAACCUUAAAAUGUUCGGAUUGUAUGAGUUUUACAUAUUAUGUUUAAUAUAAAAAAAAUGUCUGUAGUAAAAAUAUAUAUUCUUUAAUACAUAGAUAUUAUAAAACUAAAUUUAUAUUUUAACUACUACAUUUAAGUUCAAUGUAGUACAAAAUAUGUACAUAUUAAUAUUUAUAUUUUAUAUAUGUAUGGAUACGUAUACAAAUUAUUUUUAUGUGUUAUAUGACCCUAAAUAAUGAAAUAUUGUAACAAUUGAAAAAAAAUUAAUGAGACAAUUAUUAAAAAAAAUGUGGAUCUAUCUUUUAUACCUUUUGUAAUGUUUCUCAAAAAAUAAGGGACUUAAUUUUUUAUUUUGUUCAAUGUAAAAUGUCUUCUUGCCGAAAUUAAAUCUCGUUAUUUGUUAUUAACAGCCACUGGUAUUAUCAUGGAUCGAUUUUUCAUAAAACAAAAAGAUAUGUGUAAUAAAGAAUUUUCUUAGACUUAAUCUUUUUUUCAAACUCGAGUGUAGCUAUUCUCCGACCAUCCUCUUGAGUAAUUCUUCUAAAAGUGUAUUACCAUAAUUAAUACUUCUUUGUUAAUGAACUUCAUAUAGACAAUGUA